AUGCAACCACCAAAGCCAGCAUCGCAAAAGCACAAGCACUGUUCCCUCACCGAUAGAGAACGAAAGCGAGGCAGGAUUUCCACUGUCUUCCAUCCACAACAACAACAACAACAACAACCAGCAGCUGCCAUUUCCACAAUUGUAGUUCCAUCCAAGGAAUCAGUCAAGCCCACUCGUAUACCAGUUCCUAUUUCAAAAGCAACCAUCAACAAGGCACAUGAGACCAUUCCAACGGCUGCCGCUUCGAAACCGUCACCACCAGCGACAAGGAUACCAACGACACAAGCGUCUCGGCGUGACCUCAUGGAUGCUUGCAGCACCAAAAGUACAUCUUCCUAUACCAAGAGAACGAGUCAGCAUGGCAUGAUACAGCAACCCAUUCAGUAUGGCAACAACAACAACAACAGCAGUAGCAGUGGUGGUGAUCCAUGUACCAGUACUAGCACCAGCACCACAGCAAGUGCUAGAGAAGGGAUGGCUGGCUUGGUGGUUGCAGGUCGAGAUGAUGAAGAACAAGAUGAUCAUGCCACCUAUAUUCGUGAAAAGGAACAAGGCAUUCGUGUAGCAAUGAGCCACCAAGCUGCACUUAAACUCCAUCAUGCAAAAUUGACCAGCUACGAACGCAAGGAGAUCCUCGAAUAUCCUCAGGUGUUUUUCGUUGGCCAUCAUGCUCGCAAACAUAAAGCAGCGCCACGACAGCCUAAUCACAACUAUGGUUUCGAUGACGAUCAAGGCAACUAUCGAUUGACAAUGCGAGAUCAUUUGGCGUAUCGCUAUGAGGUCUUGGAUGUAUUGGGAUCAGGUGCUUUCGGUCAAGUUGUACGGUGCUUUGACCACAAGAUUGGACAUAUGGUGGCUGUCAAGAUCAUUCGCAAUGAUAAGAGGGUGCACACACAAGCAGUGGUAGAGAUCAAUGUGCUGGCAGAUAUCGUGCGAUGGGAUCCACAAGAUAAACACCACAAUGUACGCAUGCUCGAUCACUUUUAUUUCCGGAAACAUCUUUGUAUCACAUUCGAAUGCCUCAGCAUCAAUCUUUAUGAUCUUCUCAAGGAUAAUCAAUUCCGUGGUUUGAAGAUGGGCUUGAUACGCAGAUUUGCUUCUCAGGUGUUGGAUUCAUUGGUCUUAUUGCAUGAGCAUGGUUUGAUCCAUUGUGAUUUGAAGCCCGAGAAUGUGCUCUUGCUUGAUCCUACGAGGAGUGCCGUCAAGGUGAUUGACUUUGGAGGUUCUUGUUUCGAGAAUAAGAGAGUUUACACCUAUAUCCAAAGUCGGUUUUACCGGGCACCCGAGGUGAUGCUGGGAAUCGCCUAUACGACAGCCAUUGACAUGUGGAGCUUGGGAUGCAUUCUAGCCGAGUUGCAUACAGGAAACCCACUCUUUUCUGGAAACACUGAACAAGAGCAGAUUGCGUAUAUCAUGGAGAUCCAAGGGAUACCCGACAAGUGCUUAUUAGAAGGAGCAUCACGUCGUCAACAUUUCUUCGAUGUCCAUGGUAACCCAAAGAUACCAGCCAGCAACAAUGGCAAACGAUACCAACGACCGGGCUCAAAGACCUUAGCACAAGUAUUGGGCUCUUCGGAUAAGCAAUUCAACGACUUUAUUGAUCGAUGCAUACAAUGGGAUCCUGCCAAGCGGCUGACAGCCAAAGAUGCUCUUCAACAUGCGUGGAUAAUGCAGGGAUAA